CCAACCGCAGGGGCCGGGGGGGGGCUGCCCCCGGCAAGAUUUAAGUCCCUGGAUCAGGCGGACCUAACAUGGCCCGCUCCGCCCUGGCCUCGUGUCAGCCCCAGGCCCGGGCAGGUAGAUGUUCUUCUGGAAGGUGUCACCCUGAGUAGAUACAGCUCUCCCGCCAGGCGAAUUCCCGCUGGCCGCACAAGGAGCCAGUGAAGGAGAACGGGUGGGAUUCGCCGGCGAGGCUGGGGCACGGCCCCGAGUGUUCGUCAGGCCUGUGGUGGUAACUUAGUUCCUGGGAAUCUUUCCAGCAGGAGGGGAUCGACCAGCUGCCCUGGCAUGAAAAUACCUGACAAACCCCCACCUCCUUUGCCUUCUGGAUCUUUGUGUCUGGGUGCGUGCUUACUGCCUUUGACCUCCCCGUCAUGAUCCCAAAUCCAAAAGUCAUCUUCCUGUUUCUUUGGUUGCUUCAGUGUGGAGGAGGAAAUGUCGAUGUACUGCAGAAACCUCCAAUCCAGGUUGCCUUGCUCAAGGAAGAAAUAUCCAUCCCCUGUAAAGUCAUCUUCCCUUACAUGCCGAAAUACACCAAAUUUUCAAUCUCCUAUUACUGGAUUAAUUCACUGCUUCAGAAGACAAUUAUCUAUAGUAGGGUGGAAAACAUAGCCAUUCCUUCUGGAGAAGAGAAUAAGACUGCUGCCUUAUCUUAUGACCACAGAAUCAUGCCACUUGAAAACACCUCCUCUACUGGCACAUACUACUGUGAGGUCAAAUGGAAUGAUAUCAAAAAAAUGGGAAAGGGAGUGUUUGUCCUUAUCAGAGAUACAGGAUACAUAAAUACCUCUUACAGCUGGGAAAUCCUCGUUACCCUUACUGUUCUUCUGGCUGUAUUGAGCAUCACUGCAACAGCUCUGCUUCUGUGGAAAAGAAAGGUGUUGUGUCCUAGAAGGAACCGGCUAAAUAUCCUGAGACAGAAGGUAGAAACACAGCUGCCUUCAGCCACCCCACCACCACUACCACCUCCUGUCUAUGAUAGCCUGGAUGUGCAGCAAGUUGAUGUCUAUUCUAGCCUCGAGAACAACACAAACAACCCAUCACACAGAAAGAAUCCUCCAGGGAAGACCCCUAAGAAGCAAGAAACUCUAGAAGAAUCCUCUGAUACACUGUAUGAGAAUAUUUAACAGGGAAGAUACCUGACCCUAUGUGGACCAGACAUCUCUCUGUAUAGCAGAGCUACUCUCUUACAUCCCUGAUGAGAUGCAGAUACAUGGAGAGAUCCACACUGACUUCAGAGCACAACCGCGAGGGAAUUGUGAACCCCUUGCCCCUUCUAAACUGCCCUUCAUUAACAACAGAAUGUAUCUGUUGAAAUCCCUCGGGGCUCGGUCUGCAUUGAUGCAGCAAAGCUAUUUUGCAGCAAAGCUGUUUGCUGCAAAAGAAAAGCUGCUUUUGUCAAGCACUUAUCUUGGGAAUGGGCAAUCUGUGAAGGUUUCUCUCACCUGCCCCGGCUGAAAUACUUAACUGUUGAUCCUCUGCAAGUGGUAGCACAAUCCGGAGAUUUCCCUGCGUGCUGGCUUGAUGUUCCGAUCUCGACCUGCAGCCGCCCAUCUGAUCCUGUGCUUGUGGCUUUGCUGAAAUAGCCAUCAGGACCUCAUGCAUGUUUUAAUCAGAUCCAAGCAUCCACCUGCCCAUUUCCGUUUCUCAGGAACCCCACAGCAAACGCGCUUUCUCGUAAUCUGCUAAUCCCAUCAAGUAGUCACAGAUGCCUGCUGCGACCUUACUGGGGCGACUCAAAUCAGUGCCUCUAAGAAAAUGCUUCCCCUUCAGCAAUAUCAGCAGUGAGGACUGGAUGCACUGAUGGAGAUAAAGGUGGAGGAAAGGAACACAGAGAAAUAUCCCUUCCUGACAACAUGUCUCAGUGACAGUGCCCAUUCCAGAACAAGAAAAAGGUUCAAGGAGGGGCGAACGUGAGGAAACUCCCCUGCUGGGGCUGCAUAAGCCAGGCGGGUCUGGGGCCAGGCUCCAGCCUGCAGAAGUCCUAGGGGAGCUCCCCAGUUUCCUUUUCUUCUUGGCAGUGAGCAUUGUUAUCGUUUGGGAUUUUGAGCCUCUGUGGGAGCAGGCAUGGUACCUCUGCCCCACCAAAACCAAUCCAUUGGCCUUUGUUUCAGCUGGCUGUUGUAGAGAGUAUAAAGCUCCUUUACCCCUCCACCAUACAUUAUUGCCAAGGAGAUCAGUUCUGAAGCUUAGAACUACUGGAAGAAGGAGGAGGGAGGCCUUAGAAGUGAAUUUGCUGUCCAAGUUCUUUCUCCCCUGUCAGCUGGAACUUGCCUACCAUUUGUGUUGGUGCAUAUUCUGGUUCUGAUAGGGAAGGAGUUACAUUAAAUAGCUGUAUAACAUGAUCAAACCACCAUAUCAAAAAGCUGAGGCUGUUUUAUCUCAUAUUAAAAAACAACAACGAAAUAACAACCAAACAAAACCAACCCAAAAUAAGAAUAUGCAGCAUAACUUGAGAGGAAUUGUAGAAACCUCUUUAAAGAAGAAGAUCAAAUUAAAAUUGAGCUCCAGGGUCAUAGGACCCUCUCUAGCUGAAGAUAAUGUUGCUAUGUAUCAGAGAUAGAGGCUGUGGAAAAUGUCUCCGGGGCCUCCAACCUUCCUAUACCAUGUUUAAAGAGAUAAUCCGCUUAUUGCUUUGCUCUUUUUAUUAGAAAAGAUUUCAAACAUGCAAUUUGGACUUUGUUUAACCACAGAAAAAUGUUUUUUCUCUUCCCAGCGCUGAGGAAUUCAUUUAAGAAAAGGCAAUGAAUGGACAGCAUGUCUUAUUAGAUCCAUUUAUAAUUUGUAAAGUGAUCACAACAAUUAUAAAUAUUUUUGAAGUAAAACGUUUUACAUUUUACUAAUAUGACCAGGAAAUGUUUGUGUUUGUGGAAGAAUUUACAGAGGAUUGUACAGGUAUAACAAUUCCUUUCCUUAACAAAUUUGAAGAAAUGAUGAGAUGAAUUAUAAAUAUGUUGCAGUGUGGCAAUAAAAUAUUCAGCAGAUGCUGGUGGAUUAGAUGAAAAGUAAAAACUUUCAAAAUAAUGAUGGUUAGGUUUUGUGUUUUAAAUUUUAUAAAUGUUAAAAAUACUGGAUGCUACUGGAAAUUUCCUGGCAAGGAUCUCUCUUUGCAGUGAGUUGAUUUGUCUUGUGUUUCUGUUACCUUUUAAAGUAGCAUGUUUCUUACAUUUAGGCCUGAACAAUUCUAUAUUAAAAAGCUGAAGCUGUUUAAAAUAAAACAUAAGAG